UGUCCCUGUCCCUGUCCCCGCAGCGCUGGUCCCGCCGCUCGCCCGCUGCCGAGCCCCCGGCUCGCAUCUGUGGGCUGGUGCCUUCUGGGGAACUGAUGCCUUCGGUCCACACUUCCCACUCGUGCCUCUGAUCUGCUUUGCCGCCCCCUCAACACCCAGCCUGGGACGCUCGGCCGCUCCGUGGGGAGSAGGGAUGCUCGCUUUCCUCCUGGCAGGCUGUGCCAGCCACGUGCCAUCGCCUCGGUGUAUUUCCCCGUCGUGUGUCCCUGCCUCGCUGGGUCACUGAGCCCUCCGUAACAUGUGGAAAUCCUCCCUGCUUCACUGGGAUCCUUCAGCUCUGCUGACUCUUWGGCUUCCUGGUCUUUGCCCACCCCGUUCCUUGACCACAUCCUGUUCAGACCUUGCUCUUGACUAAUCCUGUGCCUUCGGAGGGUUCCAGAAGAGCCGACAGCUUCACGUGGAGGUACAGGCAGAGUUUGUCCUCGUUCGAUAGGAUACUGGCCACGGCGGGGUCUGUUUGGGAGCCAUGGGCCGGCGGCUCAUCCGCGGUGUCUCUGGAGCCGCAGUUUUCCUGGCCAGCGUGGCUCUGCUCUCCAUGCGGCACCGUGAGGCUCAGGAAACAGCUCGGUACUCAGGGAUCGGGGAGGGUAUGUUGGGGAAACCAGGGCCACAGAGCAAAGGCAGCCCGGACGGAGCUGGUGGCAGGGGGCAGAAGGACCUCAGACUCCAUCCUCCGGAGGGACACAGGACUGAGGGAAACCUGACACUUGGGGACAUUUUCAUAGCUGUGAAGACAACCAAGAGAUUUCACCAGAGCAGGGUGGAGUUGCUCCUGGACACGUGGAUAUCCCAGGCCAGCGAGCAGACCUACAUCUUCACUGAUGAAGAAGAUGAUGCCUUGAAGAGGAGAAUGGGUGGCCAUGUGAUCUUCACCAACUGCUCUGCUGAGCACAGCCACCUGGCCCUGUCCUGCAAGAUGGCCGCGGAGUUCGACGCCUUCCUGGCCAGCAGCCUGAGCUGGUUUUGCCACUUGGACGAUGACAACUACCUGAACCCUCGGGCCCUCCUGAAGCUCUUGUCCUCCUACUCAGAGACGUGGGAUGUUUACCUGGGCAAACCCAGCCUGAACCGACCCAUCUGGGCCUCCGAAACGCUGCCAAACAACCAGACGAAAUCCAUGCGCUUCUGGUUUGCCACAGGAGGGGCUGGGUUCUGCAUCAGCCGYGAGCUGGCCAGGAAGAUGGUGCCCUGGGCCAGUGGCAGGAACUUCCUGAGCACUUCCGAGCUCAUCCGCCUGCCGGAUGACUGCACUGUGGGUUUCAUUAUCGAGUGYAAGGUCGGUGGGCAGCUGAUUCCCAACGCACUCUUCCACUCCCACCUGGAGAACCUGCAGCUCAUCCCCUCCUCUCAGCUUGUGCAGCAGGUCACCCUCAGCUAUGGUGUGUUUGAGAACAAACUCAACGUCAUUGAGCUCAGUGGCCCCUUCUUGCCCCAGGAGGAUCCCUCAAGCAGGUUUCGAUCACUCCACUGCCAUCUCUAUCCCGACACGCCCUGGUGCCUGCAGGCUGUUGUCUGGUGAUGCCUGAGCCUCAGCUACAGUGGAUUUGGGUGACACCUGUUCACCUGUAUGUGGGGAGUGGGACAUUGAAGAAGCUUGGUGCUCCCAGUUUUGCCUUUUCUGUGGUGGUUGUGGUGCUCUGUGAUGGCUUUCUUGGUCCUCACUCAAUACUGGUGACACAGGACAAGAGACAAGGUCCUUGUCAUCAUCCAAAGAUGGAUAAGAUGGGCUGCACACAUGGAUGAGUUCUCGUCUGUGCUGGAAUAUGUGCAAGGGAGGGAGCAAUGUGCCUUCUGGGCAGAUCAAGGAUCCAAUAGUGACUGCUGGGCAUCUGGGUGGAGAUGAGGACUUGCUGCUGCUGCCCUGUGCUCUGGCUGCAUCUUGCUGGGCUAGAAGGGCCCUGUGUGUGUGUCCCUGGUGCCCAGCUCAUGGUGGGUGGUGCCCAGCUCAUGUCAUGGCUUCAGAUGCUCUGAGCAGGACCUCUUCCUCCAAAUCUUCAUUCCCUACUGCCACACUUUUCAGCCGCAGACCUGCUGAGUGUCUGCAUAGUCAAGGUCUAUAGAAAUGGAAAAUCUAACCAUUUCUGUGCUGAGUGAAUCCUGGAAAAACAUGGUCCUUGCUCAACGGGGGAGGUGGACAGGAAGUACAAAGAAUGAGGAAUCCCCUGCUCUGCUGGGACRAAAAAGAGGGCAUGGGGUAAGGGAGCCAGGAGGAGACUGAGCAAGAUGAGGAUGGUUCCUGCCCUGAACACUGAUGGUUUGAUCUUGUAUGGCACUGCAUUAUUCGUCUCCUUAUACCUUCUUGAUGUGAGGUCAGGAUAAUCUCUUGCUCUAAUUACCAACCUGUCGUCUGAGAUUAGACUCCAACUCCUAUCUGUGAGAAGAGACAUAAAGGAUUAGAACUGGCUGAAAGAGAGGAGAAAGGAAGAGAUGGAGAUGGAGUGCUCGGGAGCGGAUUAGAGGUUACAGCUUUAUAAUCUCUUCUGUCCCCAACCAAAAAAAUUAAGGCAUGAAGGAAUGGAAACAGCAAGGCAAAGAGCUUUUUAUGUCACUGGGUCUUUCCUCCAGAUGCUAAUAGCAGCUUUCUGCCUUCCUGCUGUCCCUGCUGAGCGCAACAGGGGGAAGGAGUGGGCCCAAAUAGGUUUCAAGCUUUCUGGCAUGUUUGUGAAGGGUUCUUUUUUUCAGUGCAGUGCCUGGUGUGAGAGCUGGCAAUGGUCCUUGCUGGGGAACGGACUUUGGCAUCAUUUUGUCCUUGUGCACACAGUUAAAUGGCUGGGGGAGAGUGUUGCAGGGAAAGCUGGAAGGCAAAGAGGCUGUUUGAAAUGGCAGGUGGUGCCACAAACAGGUAUUUCUCUUUAAAGAACGUUUGAAAACAGACUGCUGGGAUCUGUGAGAGAUCCUGUAAUCUCCAGAUGAAAGGACAAAUGCCCUUUCUCUAAAGAGCUGCUCAGCUUUGAUAUUGCUGAUGUGACUAAGCCUGCUGCUGGUGGGCUGGAAGAGCCAAAGGCGACUGUCACUGUGGCUUUGCUGUUUUGAAAAUUGGCCACUCUGUCACCUCCUACCAAACCCCCAAGCACCAUCAUCUCCUUCACAGCACACAUGAAGUUUAAAGGAAAGGCGUCAGAAAGACCUUCCACCUCUGCAAAGGGGGGUGUAGAAAGGAACAAGCACUUUAAUUUCGGGAAAAACAGAAGUCAGGAGCCUGCAGAGCUGUUCCCAGCCUGGUCAUUCUUACUGGCAUUGAGUCAGCUGGUGUAACUGCACACAACCUUGCUUUCCUCUGUUGCACAACAGCCCUUUGAACCACUUCAUCCUGAGCWGCACAGGGGCGAGCUUAUGCCAACAACCAUUCCUUGGGUUGUGCAAAGCACUUGGCUCGUACAGCUAUGCCAGCCAAGAGUUCACGUGGCACAAAACAGACACAGCUGUUGGAAGAGAGAUGCAGCUCCAAGAAAUCUUGCCCCACAGGACAAGUUUUGUUGGGUUUGAACGCAACCAGAAGAUGAAAUACGCUUUUGUAAGAAGRAAGGAGUCUUUAAGAGAAACCUGCAUUACUUGGAUAUAUCAUUUUUCCUCAUUCAGAUUUUCAGCUGAUGUUAAUGGAGACUUUGAGUUAAAAAGCUGUUCCUGUCUGUAGAUAUCCCAGUGACAGUCAGAGCAAAAUGCGAUUCAUGUGAGGAAACUGGUACAGCAGCUUUGCUUCCCUGGGGUAAAAGCAAAGCAGAGAAACCGAAA